AUGAUUGCCAAUAGAGAGGCUGAGAGGAGCUCUGCGUCGACGGUGUCGAGAAGGAAUACCCUGUCGAAGAUGGCAAGACUGUUUGGGGCUGGAACAGGUUCGAAAUCAUCUGUCACUGUUGCUUCAGAUACACAUCAAACUACCCCAAAGCUUCUUACGGUGGAUCCGCUGCCGAGCGCUAACUGUCAAGCCAAGUCGAAAAAAGCGGGCGGCUUGCCGACUUCUGGUUUGGUAGCGGCUCAUUCGCCAGUUAGCGGUGGCAAGCCUGUGAUCUCGCCACUGACUUCCUCAUCUUCGUCGUCAAUAAGGUCGUCAAUGUCCGGCAUGUCUUUGUCGUCUACCUCUCCGACUACAGCUAACGGGUCGUCUUCUCAAGUGAGAGAUGAGUCUAAGCAGCCAUCGGUCAACCACUCCAGUGUGAACGUUGCUAAUCAUGGCAGUGUCACCAAUCUGUUGGCGCUUAGCUCUUCUGGGCCUGCAUGCGGUCGUUUUGUGGUACAUGAAGACGGUUCGCACGAGCACCAUUUGAAGAACGCAAAGAGGCAGGAAAAGCUGACCAGCAUGUUCAAGAAUAUGGUUGGCGCUCAGAAGAUACGUGGCCAGGCCAAGUCUGCGGUUCCCGACAUCAUGGUGGACGCCAAGAAUAGCAAUCAACAUAGAACAGAUCCGCCAACCCUGUUCGCCGGUUUGAUGAGACAAAUGGCAAGUAUGAAUGAGAAUGGUGGCGAAUCGGUGCCAUUUAGUGGAGCGUCCGAUGGCAGCGAGAAAAGAUGGUACAAAAGUGCGGCAGGAGCGGAUUCUUCAACUUCAAUCUCCGCUGCGCUGAGUAACUUUGACUCGCGCUGCUUUGCCGAGAAGUACGGUCGUUGCCAAGAAGUUCUUGGUAAAGGUGCAUUCGGCGUGGUUAGAAUUUGUCACAAGAAGAAUCCUUCACCGACCGGUAACAAUAAGGAGAUUCUUUAUGCUGUAAAGGAAUUCAAGAGGCGAUCUAACGAACCAGCUGCGAAAUUUUCCAAAAGGCUAGCAUCCGAAUUUUGCAUUUCAUCCUCUCUGCGUCACACAAACAUCAUCAUGACAUUUGAUUUAUUCCAGGAUGCGAAGGGUGAUUACUGUGAAGUUAUGGAGUAUUGUGCUGGUGGUGACUUGUUCACAUUAAUUGUCGCCGCAGGAAAACUGGAAUACCUGGAGGCAGAUUGUUUUUUCAAACAGCUAAUACGAGGUGUUGUCUAUAUGCAUGAUAUGGGUGUUUGCCACAGAGAUCUGAAGCCUGAGAACCUCUUGCUCACAUCUCAAGGAACUCUGAAAAUCAUUGAUUUUGGCAACAGUGAGUGUUUCAAGAUGGCAUGGGAAAAGGAUAUUCAUCUGAGUGGCGGUGUUUGCGGUUCAAGCCCUUAUAUCGCUCCCGAGGAAUACAGCCAUGAAGAAUUCGAUCCAAGACCAGUGGAUAUCUGGUCAUGUGGUGUUAUUUACAUGGCCAUGAGAACCGGCCGCCAGCUGUGGAGGGUUGCUCAGAAAGAUGAUGAGUUUUUUGCUAAGUACCUGCGAGGCAGAAAAGAAAAAGGCGGCUAUGAGCCAAUCGAAAACUUGAAGAGAGCUCGAUGCAGAAACGUUAUUUAUUCCAUGCUGGACCCUGUUCCGCACCGGCGAAUCAGCGGAAAGCAGAUUCUAAACAGUGAAUGGGGCAGGGAGAUUAAGUGCUGCAAUGAUGGUCACGCAAUGAAGUGA